CUCCCCUCCCGGGCCCUGCCGCCCCUCCCCCAGGCUGGUCCCCAGGGAGGUGGCCUCCACUGAGGCCGUUUGCCAGGAAAACUGGGUGCAGUGCAACCAAAUGGGCUCCUUGAAGCACUUCCUUUGAUCUGCUGAGUUGGGGGGAAAUCCUGUUGAGGAUCGGGUGUCUACCUCUGUACCCUCUAACUUCUCACUGCUAUGGAACAAAGUGCGGUUGAGCAGAAGCCCCAGACAGAGAGCCAGGAGGACAACAAGAGCAAUGUGAAAUCCUUGCCUGGGGGAGCUGUCCAUAUCUGGGGAGAAAUAAAAAAACAUGCAGUUACAGAUGACUACAAGCUCUCCAAACGGGUGCUAGGCUUGGGGGUUAAUGGCAAAGUAUUGGAGUGUUUUAACAAGGUGACAGAGCAGAAAUGUGCUUUAAAGCUCCUGUAUGACAGCCCAAAAGCACGACAGGAGGUGGAUCAUCACUGGAGGGCAUCAGGCUGUCCCCAUAUUGUCCACAUUCUGGACGUGUAUGAAAACAUACAUCAGGGGAAAAGAUGUCUCCUCAUCAUUAUGGAAUGGUACGAACCAGGAAAGCUGUUCAACAGGAUCCAGGAGCGAGGAGACCAAGCUUUCACGGAGAAAGAGGCUUCUGAGAUAAUGAGAAACAUUGGAACAGCUAUCCAUUAUCUGCAUGCAAUGAACAUUGCCCAUAGAGAUGUCAAGCCUGAAAACCUACUUUACACAUCCAAAGAAAAGAAUGCAGUACUCAAGCUCACAGACUUCGGGUUUGCCAAAGAGACCACUAUACAGAAUGCUCUGCAGACGCCCUGUUAUACGCCCUAUUAUGUGGCCCCAGAAGUCCUUGGUCCUGAGAAAUAUGACAAAUCAUGUGACAUGUGGUCUCUUGGUGUCAUUACUUAUAUUCUCCUAUGUGGCUUUCCUCCAUUUUACUCCAACACGGGACUGGCCAUUUCCCCAGGGAUGAAAAGGAGAAUUCGUAUGGGACAAUAUGGAUUUCCCAAUCCAGAAUGGUCUGAAGUAUCAGAAGAAGCCAAGCAUCUGAUUCGUCACUUGCUUAAGACAGACCCGACUGAGAGAAUGACAAUUUCUCAGUUUAUGAAUCAUCCUUGGAUUAACAAAUCAAUGGUGGUACCGCCAACCCCUCUUCAUACUGCACGUGUCUUGCAAGAGGAUAAAGACCAUUGGGAUGAAGUGAAGGAAGAGAUGACGAGUGCUUUGGCUACCAUGAGAGUGGACUAUGACCAAGUGAAAAUCAAAGACUUAAAAACAUCCAACAACCGCCUCCUCAACAAACGCCGCAAGAAACAGAAACAGGCAGGCACCUCUUCUGCAGCCCCAGGAUGUAACAACCAAUGAGAUUAAAGGAGAGGCUGAGGACUUGAGGGUUAAAAUUAAAAGGAACAAAUAAAAAUGAGCAGGGUCAGCUCACACUAUACCACAAAGGGAGAAAAAGAGGAACCUGGCUUGCAAAAGGGGAAAUGUUAAAGACUACAUCAUUCUAGAAUUUUAUUGGGGCUUUGCUUUUUAAGGGGGAUUUAUUCUUGCCACAUCAUUUUUGCAUUUUGCUAGGGAUACCUAGCAGUACCAAAAAGUGUGGGACUUUAUACAGCUUUAGCUGUUCUAGGGUAGCAGAGGAUACAGGAGUUCAAGUCUGAAGAAACUCAUGCACAAAGGCUCUAACCACAGCCUCUGGGAGUGACUUCUACUGUAAUUUUAAUUUUGUGGAGGGGAAGGCCAAAGAGGUUCUGCUAGGAGAGGUUCACAAGCUCAAACAUGGGUAUAGAGAAUGAAGUGGAACAUCACUGCUCUCUUCACACAACCAGCGCAGUCUCAGCUCUUGGUGUUGCUGAUGCAUCUGAAUGGCAGCUCAUGCUAGCACUGGUGAGAAGAAUGAGUGUUUUCCAGGUUUAACUGCUACAGCUGCAUAUCAUUAUCUGAACAGGGAAGCAUUGUCCUUCCCGUGCAGCUAAUGGAUGGAGAAAGGGUUUCUUCUUGCAUUUCCUUAUUCAUACAGGUCCUUAGUCUUAUGAAAUUCAGAUUUUGUAGCACUUUUCUAAUUUAAUAGCUUGUUCAUUUUCUACAUUUACUGUGAUGACAUGUCUAAUUUGUUAGCAUAUCUCUCGUGCUUUUUUAAAAUCUACAACAGUAUUUUACAAAAAGCUGUUUGUUUUUCAUUAGCACAUCGUUCUGAGUCUGUGAACCUUCCAUGAACACAACUGGAUAACUAUCAUAUACAGAACACUGCCCCAAAGAGGGGCAUCUGAAGUCCACAAAGAGAUGGGAAGAAUUGUUCUCUGUAGGAAAUCCCAUUGUCUUACUUCCAGUCUAGGUGCUUAUUUCUGCCAGGUUAUUUUUGCUUCUUUAUCUGCUAUGUUAUAGAAGCAAACUGAAACCUUGGGGAGUAUUUUUUACCCAUUCUUACACUAGACAGUGUAAACCUAUCGCAGCAAUAGCCCUGGAUCCAGAGUCACAUCAUGAAUAUUCAGCCAUUGGUGGGGUUUUUUCCUAACUCAAACUCCCAUUUUACAGUAUUUAGGAUGUUGUUUGUUAAUCUGUUCUUCCGCUUUAUUUUCAGAUUGUUUCCUCUUACUUCAUUAUGGGUUUUAUUUGAGCUGAACAAAAUAUCAGCAAGAAUGUUUUGUUUUUAAGGUGAAAUUGUUUCCAGCGGUGCAAACACGCACACAUUGUAACAUGGGAAAUGAGGGGCUGAAUGUUUCAGGCAAGAGGACAGAGGCAUACAAGAGGCAAAGAAAUCCUGCCAACCAAAUGUCUGGAUCUUCCAAUAUAUCUGAAAGCCACACUGAAUUUGUCACCUUUCCACUGAAGAUUUGCUUGAUGUUUCAAACUUGCAAAUGGGCUCUGGUAUCAUGUAGGAAGCAUUGGCUAUCCCUACCAACCAUCCACUUUUCUUUGUGUGAUAUUCUUAGGAUUUUCCAAAAUGAUUUUAAUAAAUCAUGAUCAUGUUCCAGCA